AUGGUGUCCCGGAAACGCACCCACCUGGAGGCCGCGGACGAGCCGCUUCAGGGCGAUUCCGUCCUGGCCAAGAUCCGUGGCAUGUGGCAGUUUGCCAACUUCUGCCAAUGGAUGUAUACCUUUGGCAAGGCUGCCAAGAUUGACGACUCGAUAGACGUCGAGCAUCUCGAAGCUGGCUGCCUUAACCCCGAAUCGACACUUCUUCUGGAUAUUGCUUUGGCACUUCUAAAGCUUAUUUCAUCACAUCGCGGUCUCACGCUCGACAUCUUCGAUAGCCAAGCCAGGAAGCUGUACCUCGACCAGGCGCCCGACGCGAACCCCUUCGGAACCGAUGACGCGCCCCGACGAUUUCAAGACUUCGAUGCGGCCACUAAGAUACGGGUUCUGCAGCAGAUGACGCAAUGGAUAAUGAUAUAUCCUGAACGCAUCCGCGACAAAAUGGAAGAGCAGAAGGAUGUUGAUCAAACAACUUGGCGCAUAGAACCCUACGGAUGGGACAGCGAUGACCGAACCUACUUUGUUCUCGACGACAACCGCGUCUAUCGCUUAACCGAGGCGCCUCCCGCUCCACCGAAGCCCAAGAGGAAGAAGUCGUACUACCGGUCCGGUCGCGCCCGCAGCAGCAAGCGGCGUCGUGCUGAAACCGAACAAGAUGAGCAAGAAGGCAACGCGUCCGAAGCGGAGGAGAGCAUGAUGGAACCCCAAGAUGACGGUCUCGGCGGAAUGAAAUGGGAAUGCCUCGCCAUCACAUUGGACCAAGUCCGAGAACUCGUCGACAGUUUCCGAAAAACGCGGGAUGAGAACGAAAAGGUGCUGCGGAAGCAGCUGGAGGACUACCUGGUCCCGAUUCUCGAGAAGCAGGAAGAGAGCCGGAAGCGCAAGGCUCUUCAGCGCGAGCGAGAGCUCCUCAACAUGGCCAAGAUGGCCAACGCUAAACGUUCGAGCCGAAUUGCCGGAAAGAUGGAGCAGCAGAAGCAGGAAGAGGUGGAGAAGGAGCAGGCAAAGGAACUCCGACUCGCAGAGGAAGCAGCACGACGAGAAGAGCGAGCCCGCCUCAAGAUCGAACAAGAGAGGGAGAUCAGGAUGGCAUCGAGGGAGAAGCGGUUGAAGGAGCGUGAGAUUCGUCGCAUUCGCCAUGAGGAGGAGCUUGCGCAGCUAUCCGACGACAGCAAGCGCCAUGGUGAUGACAGCAGCGGCAGAGGGUCGGAACGUCGGCUGCACGCCGAGAUCCAAAAGAGCAGACAGGCACUCAAGGACCUGGAAGACGAGGAUGAGGACUGGGUAUUCGAUUGCAGCUGCGGUCUGUAUGGCCAAGUGGACGAUGGAGCACACAGUGUGGCCUGCGAGAAAUGCAACGUUUGGCAGCAUAGCAAGUGUCUUGGCAUCAGUGAGGGUGACGCUGAGAAGGCUGACUUCCACUUCAUCUGCGACCCUUGUCGCCGCCGCACAGAAGAGCUCCAAAACGCCCCACGCUCUCCCAUCCGGCUACGGAUCAAUGGUCCUAGCGCCGUCGCUGCUGUCAACUCUCGCCCUGCAUCAUCGGGGGGGCCGUCAUAUGUGCCGCCUGGCGGUGGCAGUGUUGUUGUUGGUGGUGAGGAGGCAUCGGCGGCGGACGAGGUAUUGCCGGCUGGCCGUCCGGGAGCUGUUUCCAAUAAUAGCUCAGGCUCGCUUAGUGGUGGUGAGGGGGGGACAUCGGCGGCGGGUGAGGUGCCGGUCGGCCCUGUUGGAUCUUCGCCUCAGGAGAAGCCAAGUUCACCGACAAAGGGGACACCGACUUCAGCAAAAAGUCCUUUGGUCCACCUUCCCGCCUCCACGAAACAGCUUGUGUCGCCCCUGGCACCGCCUGCCGGAGGUCAUGAUCGGCAGUACGACACGGCCGCAUCUCCUGUCAAAGGCCACCGGGGUUACGACGGGGCCGAAGCUGUAGAUGGCAGCCCUGGCAAGGUCAUACCGAACAGCAACAACAUGGAGAAGGUCCGACAGUCUGGACGUCCGGACGUCAGCAAGUCUCAGGGUGCCACGGCCUCACUUCAGGCGAGCCUGCAGCAGGGUGCUGCAGGUGCUUCAACCAACAGCAGCGACAGGAACACGGCGACGAGCGGACAGCCGCAAAACUCAGCGUCGAGUCCCGUAGCGGCGUCCCUGAUACAGACACCUGCAGGCCCUGCGCCAGCUCUAGUGUCGGCUCAGAAUCCAGCGCUGGAGCCGACCUUGAGCACCCCCGCCAUCAACAGGGACAUCUAUCGAGCGGCACACAUGGAGAAUGGUAACAUUCCUGCUCAGGGCGGCAUCUCACCGGUCAAGAACUCUCCCCAGAGCUCCUUUACAUCAGCCACCUCUUUCGUCGGCAGUGCCAGCGCCAACAACACGCCAGCCAAAAUCCCCCCUGGCAUCACCCUCUCACCAUCUCCGCGCGAACCUAUCCUUACGCCCCCGACAAAACAUUCUGAGCCGGCACGGCCACCGCAGCAGCAGCAGAAGCCCCAGGAACACCAGUGA